GGACAUUGGACAUUUGGCACCCGCAAGGGAAGGGGGGAAAAAAAAUAAAAAAGGAAACCAUUUUCAGCGCUCGCUUGCAAGGAGAUCUGUCAACGGAGGAUUUAAUAGACCACAGUGUGAAAGCUGGGAAAGCUUUCGUCCCAUUUGUGGCUUUGAUGGCGGCCUACCUCCAAUCCAUGGAAGACAUUCUAAAGCUGCUUCCUUUCCUUUCCUCCUACCCCGUUCUUGCGGGUGUGGUGUCAAAUAUAAUGAAGCUUCAGAUGGAAGCCAGUGACCCAUCACCAACAGGGCUUCUUGAGGUUCGGCAGUUCCAAGGACGCCCCUUUGCUGGUGUCCAUCAGGUAAAGAAUUGAAGAGCUUGGAGGAGGAGGAGGAGGAGGAGGAGGAGGAGGGGGAGGAGGAGGAGCUGCAGCCAUUUGAGGAGAGCUUGUCCUGGUUUCAGGGCUUCAGAGCCAAAGGUUGUCCGGGACAUGGAAGAGAACCGAGUUUUGUCGAAGAUGGACUGCUAUGAGGUGAUUGAGCAGAUUGGGAGAGGAGCUUUUGGAGCCACAUUUCUUGUUCUCCAUAAACUCGAGAAAAAGAAGUAUGUUUUGAAAAAAAUUCCUUUGACUAAGCAGGCGGAGAAGUUCAAGCGUACAGCACAUCAAGAGAUGAAUUUGAUUUCAAAGCUCCAGAGCCCUUACAUAGUUGAGUACAAAGAUUCAUGGGUAGAGAAGGAAUGCUAUGUGUGCAUCGUAACCAGUUAUUGUGAGGGAGGAGAUAUGGCUGAGGUGAUUAAGAAAGCUAAGGGAUCAUUUCUUCCAGAAGAGAAGCUUUGCAAAUGGCUGACCCAACUACUGCUAGCCGUGGACUAUCUCCAUUCGAACCGUGUCCUUCACAGGGACAUAAAAUGCUCUAACGUGUUUCUCACAAAAGACGGUGACAUCAGGCUUGGUGACUUUGGACUUGCAAGAUUGCUCAAGAAAGAUGAUCUCGCUUCCUCGGUGGUGGGAACUCCCAAUUAUAUGUGUCCUGAACUUCUUGCGGACAUACCAUAUGGCUACAAAUCAGAUAUGUGGUCACUAGGUUGCUGCAUGUUUGAAAUAGCUGCACAUCAACCUGCAUUCAGAGCGCCUGAUUUCUCAGGACUCGUGAAGAAAAUAAACCGUUCUUCCAUUUCUCCACUGCCAGCUGUUUAUUCAUCCACACUGAAGCAGCUGAUCAAGAGCAUGCUUAGAAAGAGCCCAGAGCACAGGCCAACUGCUGCUGAGUUAUUGAGGCACCUGCAUUUACAGCCCUACCUUGUUAAAUGCCGUAACCUUUCUCCGGUAUUUCUCCCAGUGAAGCCAUCUGAAACCAGCUCUGACGUCAGACUAAAAGGGACCCCUACGCAGAACAAAUAUGGGACUCGUAUUAACACUGCUAUUGACAAACAUGAAAUGACAAGCCCAUCUAAGGAGUCAGAAAGAGCUCAAGCCACAUUUUUUGAUCACUCUUCUAGAAAUAUUCGAGAAAAUGGCACCGACUCUAGUAGGAGCAGUUGUGAGGACAUAGUCAAAGCAGCAGAUGCUCUGAUACCGAUGUCGAAGUUUGAAGAAUCAAGACGUGCCAACUCUAUUGGGCAAAUUAGUUUCCCGAAAGUCUCUGAGCAUCCCAAGAUAGAGAAAGAGAAGCUAACUGGCAAGGGACAAAUGGAAUUAGAAUAUCUGGAUUCUCAUGACGUCAUAUUGAACUCCAGUUCGUCUUCUGCAGCUAGUGCUGUAUUGGAUGAGACGUCACCGGAAGCAAAAGGUAGUAACCCUUUUCCCUCUAAGCAAAAAGGAAGCGGUCAUACGCAGGAGCUGAACAGAGCUUUCAGUGAAUUAUCUUUGCUCAGUACAAUGACUUUGCUGAACGGAGAAGAGACGAAGAUCAAUUUGCCUCCUAAGAACCAGCACAGAGCAGAUGGAAGCGGUCAUACGCAGGAGCUGAACAGAGCUUUCAGUGAAUUAUCUUUGCUCAGUACAAUGACUUUGCUGAACGGAGAAGAGACGAAGAUCAAUUUGCCUCCUACGAACCAGCACAGAGCAGAUGCCCUGGAGUCACUGCUUGAGCUUUGCGCAGACUUACUUAGACAGGAGAGGUUCGAGGAACUCGCCGGCGUGUUGAGACCGUUUGAAGAUGACACAGUCUCAUCCCGUGAAACAGCCAUUUGGUUAACAAAGAGCUUAAUGAACAUUCAUAGAAAGGAAAAUCAAGCAGCAACUUGAAGUGGAAUGUCCGUCUUCCUUCCUUUUUUUUUUUUUUUUUUCACUUCUUUGUCUAUUGUUUGUUAAAGAUUAAUUGUGAGAACCAUAAAAAGUUAAGGUUCUAUUGGUACUAUCAAUUGUAGCCGUCCACAAAGUUCUUUUGCGGUACGUCCGAGCAAAGACACGUUCGACCAGUAAA